AAUGAAUCAGGUAUAGAAACAAUACUCCGUAGUCACGGGAACGACGGAAAUUCUUCCACGUAUCUGUAUAUCUAAGCAUCCUCUCUUGGAUAGACAAGGUGCUAUCCAACGCUGACUUCGAGGCCAGUAUAGUAGCUAUACAUACGUAUAAUAACCAUUGGGAAUGAUUCGCAGAGCUAUGUCGAUUUCACAGAACUUUAAGAGGCUUGUCCGCUUUGUGCCUCGUUCAGACGCUUCCAAAACUCUGAUCGGCCAGCCUGCGGACGAUAACGUCGACAUCGGCGUGGCGGUCGCCAAAGGUGACGAUGUGCCUGUUCGACUCUUCAGCGGCACCUCCGUGCUCUCGCCCGGCCAGAUAACGGAGUCGACGGCCGUGAUUGACCGCAUUUUAUCUCCGUUGGCCGCAUCGGAAGUAGGGACGAUACGGUGCAUCGGAUUGAACUAUAAGCAACAUGCCGCCGAGGUUGGCAUGGCUCUUCCUACCCUGCCAACAGUGUUUCUGAAACCUUCAACGUCUUUGGCAUCACCCUGGCCAGAGCCGACGGUGCUUCCCAAGCUGACUCAGGCCGACGACUGCGGCGACUUCGAAUCCGAGCUGGUCAUUGUGAUUGGCAAGGAAGCGAAGAAUGUGUCUGAAGCCGAUGCUCUGGACUAUGUAUUGGGGUACACUGCUGGAAACGACAUUUCCAGUCGGACCAGUCAACUGAAUCAGAGCCAAUGGUCCUUCUCAAAGGGAUUUGAUGGCGCCUGUCCAAUUGGUCCUACGAUCGUCUCGACAGCCUUGAUCCCCGAUGCCACCAAAUUGAAAGUCCGGGGACUUCUGAAUGGGAAGGUGAUGCAAGACUGCGGAACCGACGAUCUUAUAUUCAGCGUUCCAAAACUAGUCAGCUUCGUGUCGCAAGGCACGACUCUGCCCGCCGGUACGAUAAUCAUGACGGGAACCCCGGCCGGCGUGGGAUUUGCAAGAAAGCCGAAAGUCUCCAUCAAGGAUGGAGACGAAUUCGGCGUUGAGAUUCUACCGUACAUCGGUACACUGGUUAACAGGUUCCAGAACGAGAAAUAGCGUGAUAUGUAUCGAAUAUGUAUUCCUUUCAAACCACAUCUUCGACUCUGUCGGCACGGCAGUUGUGCCCCCGCUCAUACACAGCUACAAGACCACAUCUUCCUGUUUCCGCAAGGCGCACCCAUAAUCCCCUUGAUUUGGCGUCCUCACAAUCGUG